AGCUCAGCACCAGAACUAACAUUGUUGGAUCGAUAUUUGAAGAGAUAACAACAUGAAAUUGAUCAUCUUGGCUGCGUUGAUAGGAGUGUGCGCGGCGGGCGCCCUACCAGCGUACGUGUCGCCCCAGUACCGCUACUACCCGGACGGCAGGCCUAGAGCUGCGUUGGAAAGGAACGCAGCAAUUCUGAGGUCUGACUCCGAAGUCAAUGAGCAGGGAUACAGAUAUGCUUAUGAAACUGAGAAUGGUAUCCAAGCUGACGAAGCCGGUGUUGAAGCGAACGGUAUACAAGCUCAAGGUGGAUACUCUUACGUUGGGGAUAACGGUCAAGUGUACAGCGUGAGGUAUACUGCCGAUUCCAAUGGAUUCCAGCCGCAAGGCGCGCAUUUGCCCACCCCGCCACCCAUCCCUGCUGCGAUAGUCAGAUCACUACAGGAGAACGCCAGAGCUGAAGCCAGUGGGGCUUAUGAUGAUGGUAACUACCGCGGAAAAUACACUGACGCGUCUGGGGUGGUUAUAAAUCGUUACAACUACCCUUACAGACGUUUCUUCACCCCCUACAAGACGUACCAGUAAUACAAAGGAUCGACGUGCCAUUAAUCUAUAGUUUAAAAUUGUAUAGUCCACUGUUAACGAAAUAAAUGGAUUUUGUAUUCUUUUAUGUUCA